AUGCCUCCAUCUGAAGCUGCUGCUGCUGCUGGUGGUGGUGUGAGUGGGCUGCCAGAGCGUAGUGAGUACAACCCCAACUACUCGGACAACUUCAGUCGUAGAAGGGGAGGAGAGGGGGGCAGCAGAGGUAGGAGGAGGAGGGGGAGAGUGCCCUGGUGGUGGAACUGGUACGUCAGAGGACGCAUACCCGAGACCUCAUUCCCCGACGACCUUGAGAGCGACUCGGCCGAGGAAGUGGCCGUUGUGCAGAGUGAUGUGCGAGGUGGUCCCAAUGGACUUCGAGUGUCGCUGGACUCGCCGGUGGACCAGUUCCCAGACGAUGGCGGGUCCUUGGAGGAAUGGCAGUAUCGCAUCUUGGACUCCACCUCCAGCUCCUCUACCGUCACAUUGCAAGUGUUGCCGCCCAAUAAUGCUGUGGUGUCCGGGUGGAGCUUGAAGGCUGUGCUGGUGGAUAAAGCGGGCAAAAAGUUGGACUCCAAGAAAAGCAGAGAAGAUCUGUACGUCAUAUUCAACCCAUGGAACAAAGCUGACGAUGUGUUCUUGGCCAAUGAGAAGGAGAGGGAGGAGUACGUGAUGAACGAGAGUGGCCUCAUCUACUCCGGAAGUGCCUUCUGGCCAUACCCCAAGAAGUGGGCAUUCGGCCAAUUCGAGACGCCGGUGCUGGAGACUGCGAUGAGUCUGCUGGACAAGGCGGAGUUGCCCCCCAACAACAGACGGAGUGCCAUCCAUAUCAGUCGCACCAUCUCGAAACUAGUCAACUCUCAGGACGACGAGGGUGUUCUGGUCGGCAACUGGUCUGGCGACUACAGCGGGGGGAGGGCGCCCACUUCCUGGACCGGCUCAGUGCCUAUCCUUGAGGCAUACGUUGAAAAUGGCGAGAAGCCAGUCUCAUACGGACAGUGCUGGGUCUUUUCCGGAGUGGUCACUUCAAUAUUGCGUGCAUUGGGAGUUCCGUGUCGGAGUGUGACCAACUUCGACUCUGCUCACGACACUGACGAGAACAUGACGAAGGAUGUCGCAUUCGACGAGAACAUGGACAAGAUAGAUGAUAUGAACGACUCCAUAUGGAACUUCCACGUAUGGAACGAGUGCUGGAUGACUAGGCCAGACCUCCCUGCUGGCUACAACGGGUGGCAAAUCAUAGACGCCACACCGCAGGAGGCCAGCGAAGGUGCCAUGCAGCUGGGUCCCUGCCCUCAGGCCUGCAUUCUGGACGGAAAUGUCUACCUCGGAUACGACGCCAAGUUCGUGUUCGCCGAAGUGAAUGCGGACGUGGUCCACUGGCAGUGGAAGGAUGGUCGCUGGACUGUGCUCAAAGUGCUCACUAAGGAGACUGGCACUGCCAUCUACACUAAGGCAGUGGGCUUCGACAGCCACCACGACAUCACCAACCAGUACAAAAAGAGAGAAGGAUCUGACGAGGAGCGACUGGCUGUGAUGAAGGCGGUGUCAUUCGGGAGGAACCCUUUGAUGUACCGAGUGAUGGACAACUUGAAGGACGACGUGCUCGUGUCUGUAUCCUGCAAAGACGCACUGGACCUCAUAGCUGACAACUUCACCUACAAACUCAAUCUGGCGAAUGAGGGGGGCGAGGAGAGGACUGUGAGGACUAAAGUGGUGGUGAGGAAGGCACAGUACACUGGGGUGGGCAGACAGAGAAUAGAGGGCACAGUCACCACUCACACACUACAAGCAGGAGAAGACAAGCAGAUGGAACAGCUGGUGUCUCUUGGAGAUGUGCUGAAGGGGGCGAAUGACGAGUGCAGUGUGACAGUGUCACUCACAGCCCACGUGAAGGAGACAGGCCAACUCAUAGACCAGAAACUAGUGCUCCCCAUACAACUCCCACCCAUACACAUCACUUCGGCUUCUGCCGUGGUGGCCAAGGGGGACACAGUGUACGUGGACCUGCAGGUACCCAACCCCUUCUCCGCAUCCCCCCUCUCCUCCGCCCUGUUCGAAAUAUCCGGACCAGGACUGGCUAAACCCACCAAACUACACAUAGGAACUGUGGCCCCAAAUGGAAUCGCAGGCACUUCCACCAGCUUCGUGCCCUUCAAAGUGGGCAAGAAAAGAGUGCUGUACGCCACCUUCUCCUGCAAACAGUUCCAGGGAUCCAGGGGCACUCUGGACUUCCAAGUGACGGACAGAAGGAACUUGGCUGAAAACUAAUGGUCUUUAAAUGAACAUGCCUGAAUUUUUCAGAUGGACCAGAAACUGCACGUCCGAAUAAAUUUUAGGUCAAAUAAUCAAAAUCGAAAGUUGUCUAAAAGAAAUGCUUCAAAAUCGAAUGGGCUAUAUGUUACAAUAAGCGGUACUGUCUUUUGAAGUUCUUUGUGUUACAUCACCAAAAAGUGCAUCAAAUCAA